GUGAGAAGAAAGGGAAAACGUGAUGCAAGUAGAAUCAACAAGAUUUGGCGGGGAAGUUCUCGGUUCUGGAGGUCUGAGCGGAGGGAUGCGAGGAAACGCUUUGCUGACUCCGCAGCUCCUCGCCAAAUCACUGUCUCAGUUUAUUCUGAAGGAGAAAAGGAAGAUUUGCAGAACCAGUCAACUCGGGUCGUUCGGAGCUUGAGGUGCUUAUGAGGCAGGAAGCAGUACCGUCCAAAACGGUUGGUUACCGAGUCCGGGCGGCAGGCUGGGCACCGAACACUGUGGCCCCGCACGCGGAGCUGUGGUCACCGAGGAAGCCCGGAGGGGGGAGGACAGGCCUGGGGCGGACACCUGAGUGACACGCCGCGCACUGCAGGGAAACUGAGGCAGAAGGAAGCAAGGGCGCUCUGCACACUCUGGAACGGAGGGGCACCCAGGGCACGGCCGGCACCAGCUGCGAGGAGAGAAGCUUCCAGAAGGAACAGGACUAGGGGCAGAACUUCGGUAAGUCAGACAGUAUUCCACUGGAUUCAGCAAUCUCGGGGACGCAGAAACGUUUGGCGGGAGGGGUUUUUAGGGCGGUGAGGGGCCCCUAGGGAAGACAGCUGUCAGGGAGGGGGCGCCCCACAGGCCAUUCUGACGCCCGAGAGCGAACCCUGCCGCGCGUCAUCCAACCUCCUCGAGGUCCAGAUCUUCAGAAGCGCGGGUGCAUUUCCCCAUCAGGCGAGCGCCCCCCUCACCCCCACCCCCAGCUUCUAAGCCCUCAGAAACCUGGACGAAUGACCUCGCCUCUGAAGCCCUCCCUGAGGCUCACAGGAAAAAUUCAAUCACUUGAUCCUGUGUUUCCAAAGCUUUGUCCAUACCUUACAAGGUUUUGCAUUGUUUGUUGUGCAUUUGGCUCAAAACAAGGGGCGAGCCCGACCAAAAAGUUAAGGAAGGCUUGAGGGUCCAGGGAGGAGACGCGCUCACAGGCCACUUGUGACAGGAAAGGAAAAAACUGCAUCUCCCAUGAGGCAGUGGGGCCAAGGGACCACGACUCCCAGCAACCUCUGCGAGGCUCAACCUCGUCUAGGCGGCAGGCGCUUCGUGACCGGACGAAGUAGCUUUGCGGGAUGGCAGCUUCUGAAGAGGACCCUGAAGCCCCCACGGAGGAGCUGGAUGUCGCCUGCGGCCUGGAGAAUUUGCCUGUCAGCGUGUGGCCCCCGGGCGCGGGGCCAGAGCCCUUCCAGUACACUCCGAACCACGUGGCUGGGCCCGGAGCGGACGCGGACCCGGCUCAGAUCACCUUUCCCGGAUGCACCUGUCGCAGCGCCCCCUGCCGCCCGGGUACUUGCUCCUGUCUGCGGCGUGAGGACAACUAUGACGAACGCUCACGCCUCAGACACGUAGCAUCAGACGCGCAGUGCGCCCCGCCAGUGUUCGAAUGCAACGUGUUGUGCCAGUGCCCUGACCGCUGCAGGAACAGGGUGGUCCAGCGGGGCCUGCAGUUCCGGCUCCAGGUGUUCAAGACGGAACAGAAGGGCUGGGGCCUGCGGACCUUGGAGUGUAUCCCAAAAGGACGGUUCGUCUGCGAAUAUGCUGGCGAGGUCUUGGGAGGCUCUGAAGUCCGGAGAAGAGUUCAGUCACAAACGAUCCACGAUUCCAAUUACAUCAUAGCCGUAAGGGAACAUGUGUGGAACGGGCGAGUCAUAGAAACGUUUGUGGACCCUACGCGUAUAGGCAACGUCGGAAGGUUCCUGAACCAUUCUUGUGAGCCCAACCUGCUGAUGAUUCCUGUCCGAACUGACUCCACGGUACCGACGUUGGCCCUUUUUGCAGCCAGAGACAUCUUGCCAGAAGAAGAACUCUCUUAUGACUAUUCAGGAAGGUUCCUUAAUCGAAUGGACCGUGAAAACCAAGCAAGGCUAGAUGACGGGACACCAAGGAAACCUUGUUAUUGUGGUGCCCAGUCGUGUGCUGCGUUCCUGCCUUAUGACGGUUCUCUGUACUGCCCCCCAGAAAAGCCAGGCGUCAGUGAGGAAGGGAAAGUGUAGAAGGAACACGCCUGGCCUUUCUAGGUAGGAGAGUGAGAAGGCAGCAAGCGCGUAGCUCGGCCCUUUCUGGGUUCCCCUCGAGGGAAGUCUCUGCUCCGGGUGAGUUGCCUGCCCCCCACCAUAGGGGCCAGUGGUCUUCUUAGCUCUGCCUCUGCCUCUGCCUGGCUGGGAAGUUUAACCCAGGAAUGUGGCAGAGAGCACAGGUUGUCCAGAGGUAUCCUUUCUCCACUCCUAUAAUGGAAUUCCCAGUUUUUAGCUGGGUACAUGGCUGUCCAGCUGAAAACUGGGCACUUUUCCUAGUUAGAUGGGGCUGACCACAUUCUCGCUAAUGAGAUAUAAGCAAAAAUGGUGUGUCCUUAAAUGGAGACAUCCUGCCCUUACCCCCUACUUCUUCCUGUCGGCUGGAAUGUAUACACGAUGGCUGGAGCUGGAGCAUCCACUCUAGACCCCAAGAUGCCCUUGGAAAAGGAAAGCACAGGCAGCAAAUCAACAAACUGACAGGAGUCU